AUGAAUCCUUUAGUUUCUGUCGUAGUAAUAUUUUUGUUCGGAAUAAGUGGACAGUGUACGUUAGUCAAGCAAGCCGAACAACUUCUCAAACAUGAGCUAGACGAAUGGGUGCUCAUUCCUACUAUUGUCGAUGAAUGGAUCUGGGCGCAUCGACCUACCGCUGGGUUUAUAAUGCAAAAACAUCGAUCAUCUUUAUCACCGUCGAAUAUCGAGUUUCUGCUCUACACUCGACGCGAUACCGAUGACGAUGGUCAUCGCUUGCAGCUAGGAAACAAGAAUUCUUUGAUCAACUCAAACUUCCAUCCAGAUCGCCCAACAAGGAUCAUCGUGCAUGGGUGGCAAAAUAGCAAAAGCUCUCCAAUAGCGAGCAGCAUUCGCGAUACGUACCUGCUAUUAUGGAACUACAAUGUGAUCGUGGUAGAUUGGUCCACCUGUUCGAUGCACUGGAAUUACAUACGAGCCGUUGGAUGUGUCCCGGUGGUCGGUCAGCUGUUAGCACAACUGCUUGACGAACUUCACCAGCACGCAGGGCUGACGAUGGAAAAUGUGUACAUUAUCGGGCACAGUCUGGGUGCGCACGUUGCGGGCAUUGCUGGUAAGACGAUAGAGAACGGACAACUGCACACAAUCAUCGCCCUCGAUCCGGCACUACCGCUGUUCUCGAUCCGGAAUUCAGAAAAUCGCAUCGGACCUCAGGACGCAAUGUACGUGGAGGUAAUACAUACCAACGGUGGAUUGCUCGGGUUUUUGCACCCGAUCGGGACGGCCGACUUUUACCCGAACGGAGGCACUCACCAGCCGGGCUGUGGGCUGAACGUGCUGAUGUGUUCCCACUCGCGUGCAUGGGAACUGUUUGUGGAAUCGUUGCAAGAACCGGAGGAAAAGCUGUUGGCCAGCCGGGUCGACUCGUUGGACGAGAUACAGCAAGAUGUUGGUGGUCCAGUGCUGAAACGCAGUGAACCCAACGGUCGGAAUGUCAAGCGGGUGAAAAUGGGAGGCGAACCAUCCAGUGCUGAACAUGCGCGGGGACUUUAUUCUAUCACCACGCGAGAUAAAAGUCCAUUUUUCUCCUGAA